AUGUCGAAUCCAGUGGCUCAAGUUGUCAUGCGUUGCAACGUUGAUGUGAAGUACAUUGGUCGUGCAUUUGCUGAAGAAGAUUUGAACAAGUUUUGCGAUGGGAGCAUGUCAUCGGACUUUGAUGAGUCACACACUGAUGGGGUGCAUGCACAGGGUCACUUGCGUCCUGUUGUGCCACAGCCUGUAGCCGGGUCGUCGCAACCGGAACUGUCCGAGCGCGAUCUGUGCGACAUGGAUGUGGCGCAACAGGACACGGGUGGGCCUGCCUCGCAAGACUCAGGAUGCAAGAGAAAGAAGACAACUGUGGUGCGCGAACAAGGUCACUUGCGUCCUGUUGUGCCACAACCUGUAGCCGGAUCGUCGCAUCCGGAACUGUCCGAGCGCGAUCUGUGCGACAUGGAUGUGGCGCAACAGGACACGGGUGGGCUUGCCUCGCAAGACUCAGGAUUCAAAAGAAAGAAGACAACUGUGUUAAGUCAAAGUGUUCCAGAGUCCAGGAGGAUGCAGACUAUGAAAAUGGCUUUGGAACGGGUGCUUGUCGAUAUGUCACGGGAUAUGCAAGAUGUCGGCUUUUACACUGGUGAAUAUGCUGCCAAAAAAUUUGAGAUUUCUCGGAGCAUGUUGCCGGAGCUGUAUGCAGGAGUACAGAGAUUGGAAGAGGAAGAAGCAAAGCGACAGCAGGCCGCCGUGGAAGAUGCCAGCAUGGAGAACGUGGAUGCAAAGAAGACGCCUGGCAUGAGUGGGCCACAAAGUCGUGCGCUGAGUAUCUUGCGUCGUCUGGCCUUCGGAAUGAAUCGCUGCAUCGCCAAGUCGAACGGGGAGAUGGCGUAUCAGCUGCUCUUUGAACAAGAACAGUACGUCACAUAUCGUGGCUACAACAUGUUUUUUCGGUAUCUGCCAUUUGCAAUCAUGCGGUGCAGGGCAGAUGCAAUUGCAGCGGCACUGGCCGACGCACCUCAUCUCACUGCAGGUCCAGUUGAUGUUGUCGAAGAUGUGGAGGACGUGCCAGUCGCUGGGGAUGAGAUUGCAGAAGUGAUUGAAGAUGAGGGCGAGGGGACCCGAGUGACGCAAGUUCCAGUGCACUUCAAUCAGAAAGAUGAUUAUCUGCAUCGUGGCUCUUCUACAUUGCUGAAAUGCAUGAAGUCAGAGCUGCUGAUGACAAUGUGGUUGUGCCGUCUGAUUUACAUUUGCCACAGGAAGCGGAGCCUCAAAAAUAUGCUGCACAUGCUCGGGCUGUGUUUCCCCUUUCCAACGUGCACUGGUGAUUGCAGCGAUUCCUACAAAUGCUUUGCGUGUCACAUUUUGGAGAAGAAUGAGAAGGAAGGGAUGAUUUUUGCUAGAUUUGUGCCGCAUUGGAAAGCGUGCAUGCUGGUUCGUAGAGAGACUGCACAGGAGCGCGUGUUGGCAGGAUUGUCUUCGCCUGUGAUUCGAGAUGUCAGCACUGUCCGCAAAUGUUUCCCGCGUUCUUCAGCAAGCGGUGAUGGGGAGACUGUGGCAACUUUGAUGCGUGUCCUGCAUCGCAAACUGCGGCCCCGGGACUGCCGAUUUCAUGACGUUCCUCGGAUUUUGGAGCGCAUUGCUUGGUAUCUUGAUGUCAGGCCUCCAUAUCACUACACUCAGUUGUCGCCGUUGGAAUAUCUUUCUAUCAUCCAGACAGCCUGGAUGGAGCGCUUUGAACAACAUCACGCUGCACGCAGGCUCAGCAGCAGUCGUCGACGGGCAGAGCGGUUCGCUCUGAUGACAAAGCUGGAAGACGACGCCAUUGAGGAUGAUUGUGCGCCACCUGACAUCGAAGGAGAUGAAGUUGAAGAUGACCUGCGGCGUCAAGAUGAGUUGGAGCGGCUUGAACGGGCGCAGUACAUUGUGGAUCAUGAGGCUUUACAUGAAGCCAUGUUUCGAGAGCAGGAUUGGAUGCGUGUUUUGAGCAAUCCACGCGCAACUGUUUUGAAAGACACCUUGCGACAUCUUCGUGACUUUGUCAAUGCACUUGGAGGAAUUCCAGAUGUGAGGAGAGGCAUGGGCAUUCGAAGCAGCAGUGUGGCUGGUGUCGAGCGCAGCUGGACUGCGGCAGAUGCUGAGAGAGGCAUGGCUUUGCAGAAGCAGUACUUGGAGUUUUGUGCUGGAGGUUUGGAGGAGGAAGAUGAGCAGAUGCCAGACCAGCAUUUUGAACCUUUGGAAGAAGCCAUCGAUCCAUUUUUGGCUGCACUCAACGCUCAAUGCAUUGGACCAGGAGACUAUGCUGCGGAGCUUGUCGUCAAUUCCACCCUCAAUCGACAACAGAUUUUGGCAGUGGCUCCGAUUGCUUGGGUCAUGGAGCAGAUGUGGUUGAAUCGCUCCAAUCCACAGUCAACUUUGGCAGAUGGCGCAGCCACUGAAAGCUGCAAUUGCCUUUGGUUGGGCGCUGGUGGCUCUGGCAAGACAUACGCCUACUCCAAAGUCUUGCGGCCAAUGUUCCGUCGUUAUUUCGGUGAUGGUGGUUACAUUGUUGGGGCGCCAACACAUGCAGCUGUUCGUCUCUUGGGCCCAGAAGCAAAGACAUUGCACAAGUGGGCGAACGUGAGCCCGAACAGUGGCCUGGACCGACGUUCCCUCCGGUCGGCUAAGAGUAAAGGCAGUCCGAUUGAGAAGAAGAUCAUGGAAGUUAUGGCCGUAUUGCUCGAUGAACUGUCCAUGAAUCCUCCUGACGUUUACCAUGAAGAGUUCGCAAGCCGGGUUUGUGCAAAGAUCGAAGUGCAAGAAUCUGUUACACGGUUGCGCUGUGUCGUGCAAAGUGGUGGCACAAAGGGACUUUGGACGCAGCUCAAGGCGCUGAAGGUUGAAGAUCUUCGUGUCAUUGCACAAGAGAUUGGCUUGCCGUCAAGUGGAGUCAGGGACGCAGUGAUGAAAAGGCUUUUCCAAGACAUAUCUGCACAGGAAUCUAGCACCACUGGUGGACCAUUGCCGUCCAGUUCGUCUCGCCGCCCGGAAUUGCCCGAGGAGCGUGGAGAUGUGGGCGGCGGUAUUUCGGCAGAGGUGGACGAGCUUCGUAUGGACGCCAGCAGCAAAGGACACACGUGGCUGCAAGAGAAGAUGGCGAGCAUGACGCGGGAUGACCUGCGGAAGGUUGCAGCAGCUUCUGAUGUGUCUACACGUAGACAAGAUGGUUCAAUGGUGGCACUGGCUGAGCUGCGCAAUGCCCUCGUGGAGCAUUUUGCACCGCAGGAGCGUGGAGAUGUGGGCGGCAGUAUUUCGGCAGAGGUGGAAGAGCUUCGUAUGGACGCCAGCAGCAAAGGACGCACGUGGCUGCAAGAGAAGAUGGCGAGCAUGAAACAGGUUGACUUGCGGAAGGUUGCAGCAGCUUCUGGUGUUUCUACGCGUGGAGAAGAUGGUUCAAUGGUGGGAGUGGCUGAGCUGCGCAAUGCUCUCGUGGAGCAUUUUGCACCGCAGGAGCGUGGAGAUGUGGGCGGCAGUAUUUCGGCACAGGUGGAAGAGCUUCGUAUGGACGCCAGCAGCAAAGGACGCACGUGGCUGCAAGAGAAGAUGGCGAGCAUGACGCGGGAUGUCCUGCGGAAGGUUGCAGCAGCUUCUGGUUUUUCUACGCGUGGAGAAGAUGGUUCAAUGGUGGCACCGGCUGAGCUGCGCAAUGCCCUCGUGGAGCAUUUUGCCCCGCAGGAGCGUGGAGAUGUGGGCGGCAGUAUUUCGGCAGAGGUGGAAGAGCUUCGUAUGGACGCCAGCAGCAAAGGACGCACGUGGCUGCAAGAGAAGAUGGCGAGCAUGACGCGGGAUGACCUGCGGAAGGUUGCAGCAGCUUCUGAUGUGUCUACACGUAGACAAGAUGGUUCAAUGGUGGCACUGGCUGAGCUGCGCAAUGCCCUCGUGGAGCAUUUUGCACCGCAGGAGCAUGGAGAUGUGGGCGGCAGUAUUUCGGCACAGGUGGAAGAGCUUCGUAUGGACGCCAGCAGCAAAGGACGCACGUGGCUGCAAGAGAAGAUGGCGAGCAUGACGCGGGAUGUCCUGCGGAAGGUUGCAGCAGCUUCUGGUUUUUCUACGCGUGGAGAAGAUGGUUCAAUGGUGGCACCGGCUGAGCUGUGCAAUGCCCUCGUGGAGCAUUUUGCCCCGCAGGAGCGUGGAGAUGUGGGCGGCAGUAUUUCGGCAGAGGUGGAAGAGCUUCGUAUGGACGCCAGCAGCAAAGGACGCACGUGGCUGCAAGAGAAGAUGGCGAGCAUGACGCGGGAUGACCUGCGGAAGGUUGCAGCAGCUUCUGAUGUGUCUACACGUAGACAAGAUGGUUCAAUGGUGGCACUGGCUGAGCUGCGCAAUGCCCUCGUGGAGCAUUUUGCACCGCAGGAGCGUGGAGAAGUGGGCGGCAGUAUUUCGGCACAGGUGGAAGAGCUUCGUAUGGACGCCAGCAGCAAAGGACGCACGUGGCUGCAAGAGAAGAUUGCGAGCAUGACACAGGGUGUCUUGCAGAAGGUUGCAGCAGCUUCUGAUGUGUCGGCACGUAGACAAGAUGGUUCAAAGUUGGCACUGGCUGAGCUGCGCAAUGCCCUCGUGGAGCAUUUUGCAGCGCAGGAUGAUGAUGUGCAUGCAUUGAAAGCUAGACUAGAGCAGCUUCGUAUGGAUGGCCGUCGGGAAGGCAUGAAGUGGCUUCGAAAGGUUGUUGGUGAGAUGGAAGAGCAUGCGCUGCGGUCCCUGAGCGCAGCGGCUGGCUUGGGGCUUGUCGAUGGCAGCGGAAAGUCGCUUUCUGGCGCCAAAGUUCGGGCAUCGUUGGUGAAGUAUCUGGCUCCUGAGGACGCUGAAGGCAAGCAGAAAACAAUUUGUAAAAAAGGAUGGCCACGCGUGCAGAAGGCGUGUUUUUCAAGGCUACAGUAUGAAACUGAAGACUUGGCACGACAAGAGGAAUUCAAGAAUGAGAACCCGCAUGUUUUUCAGGCUCAGCGGGAUCAUCCUUUUGAAGGCAUGUCGAAUCCAGUGGCUCAAGUUGUCAUGCGUUGCAACGUUGAUGUGAAGUACAUUGGUCGUGCAUUUGCUGAAAAAGAUUUGAACAAGUUUUGCGAUGGGAGCAUGUCAUCGGACUUUGAUGAGUCACACACUGAUGGGGUGCAUGCACAGGGUCACUUGCGUCCUGUUGUGCCACAGCCUGUAGCCGGGUCGUCGCAACCGGAACUGUCCGAGCGCGAUCUGUGCGACAUGGAUGUGGCGCAACAGGACACGGGUGGGCCUGCCUCGCAAGACUCAGGAUGCAAGAGAAAGAAGACAACUAUGGUGCGCGAACAAGGUCACUUGCGUCCUGUUGUGCCACAGCCUGUAGCCGGAUCGUCGCAUCCGGAACUGUCCGAGCGCGAUCUGUGCGACAUGGAUGUGGCGCAACAGGACACGGGUGGGCUUGCCUCGCAAGACUCAGGAUUCAAAAGAAAGAAGACAACUGUGUUAAGUCAAAGUGUUCCAGAGUCCAGGAGGAUGCAGACUAUGAAAAUGGCUUUGGAACGGGUGCUUAUCGAUAUGUCACGGGAUAUGCAAGAUGUCGGCUUUUACACUGGUGAAUAUGCUGCCAAAAAAUUUGAGAUUUCUCGGAGCAUGUUGCCGGAGCUGUAUGCAGGAGUACAGAGAUUGGAAGAGGAAGAAGCAAAGCGACAGCAGGCCGCCGUGGAAGAUGCCAGCAUGGAGAACGUGGAUGCAAAGAAGACGCCUGGCAUGAGUGGGCCACAAAGUCGUGCGCUGAGUAUCUUGCGUCGUCUGGCCUUCGGAAUGAAUCGCUGCAUCGCCAAGUCGAACGGGGAGAUGGCGUAUCAGCUGCUCUUUGAACAAGAACAGUACGUCACAUAUCGUGGCUACAACAUGUUUUUUCGGUAUCUGCCAUUUGCAAUCAUGCGGUGCAGGGCAGAUGCAAUUGCAGCGGCACUGGCCGACGCACCUCAUCUCACUGCAGGUCCAGUUGAUGUUGUCGAAGAUGUGGAGGACGUGCCAGUCGCUGGGGAUGAGAUUGCAGAAGUGAUUGAAGAUGAGGGCGAGGGGACCCGAGUGACGCAAGUUCCAGUGCACUUCAAUCAGAAAGAUGAUUAUCUGCAUCGUGGCUCUUCUACAUUGCUGAAAUGCAUGAAGUCAGAGCUGCUGAUGACAAUGUGGUUGUGCCGUCUGAUUUACAUUUGCCACAGGAAGCGGAGCCUCAAAAAUAUGCUGCACAUGCUCGGGCUGUGUUUCCCCUUUCCAACGUGCACUGGUGAUUGCAGCGAUUCCUACAAAUGCUUUGCGUGUCACAUUUUGGAGAAGAAUGAGAAGGAAGGGAUGAUUUUUGCUAGAUUUGUGCCGCAGUGGCGACAUUGGAAAGCGUGCAUGCUGGUUCGUAGAGAGACUGCACAGGAGCGCGUGUUGGCAGGAUUGUCUUCGCCUGUGAUUCGAGAUGUCAGCACUGUCCGCAAAUGUUUCCCGCGUUCUUCAGCAAGCGGUGAUGGGGAGACUGUGGCAACUUUGAUGCGUGUCCUGCAUCGCAAACUGCGGCCCCGGGACUGCCGAUUUCAUGACGUUCCUCGGAUUUUGGAGCGCAUUGCUUGGUAUCUUGAUGUCAGGCCUCCAUAUCACUACACUCAGUUGUCGCCGUUGGAAUAUCUUUCUAUCAUCCAGACAGCCUGGAUGGAGCGCUUUGAACAACAUCACGCUGCACGCAGGCUCAGCAGCAGUCGUCGACGGGCAGAGCGGUUCGCUCUGAUGACAAAGCUGGAAGACGACGACAUUGAGGAUGAUUGUGCGCCACCUGACAUCGAAGGAGAUGAAGUUGAAGAUGACCUGCGGCGUCAAGAUGAGUUGGAGCGGCUUGAACGGGCGCAGUACAUUGUGGAUCAUGAGGCUUUACAUGAAGCCAUGUUUCGAGAGCAGGAUUGGAUGCGUGUUUUGAGCAAUCCACGCGCAACUGUUUUGAAAGACACCUUGCGACAUCUUCGUGACUUUGUCAAUGCACUUGGAGGAAUUCCAGAUGUGAGGAGAGGCAUGGGCAUUCGAAGCAGCAGUGUGGCUGGUGUCGAGCGCAGCUGGACUGCGGCAGAUGCUGAGAGAGGCAUGGCUUUGCAGAAGCAGUACUUGGAGUUUUGUGCUGGAGGUUUGGAGGAGGAAGAUGAGCAGAUGCCAGACCAGCAUUUUGAACCUUUGGAAGAAGCCAUCGAUCCAUUUUUGGCUGCACUCAACGCUCAAUGCAUUGGACCAGGAGACUAUGCUGCGGAGCUUGUCGUCAAUUCCACCCUCAAUCGACAACAGAUUUUGGCAGUGGCUCCGAUUGCUUGGGUCAUGGAGCAGAUGUGGUUGAAUCGCUCCAAUCCACAGUCAACUUUGGCAGAUGGCGCAGCCUACUCCAAAGUCUUGGAGCGCAUGAUGUUGGAUAUGGGUCGCUAUCUCGAGCAGUGGUAUGGUAAAGCUCCAAUUGGUGUCCAGCUUGGCGACUUUCUGCAACUCCGGCCGACAGCACAGCGCUCGCUGUGCGAGUGGCAUGAUGCUCCGCGCGCCACCGAUGCGCGUGGAGAUGGCGCUUCAAGUGAGGAAGAGGAGUUGCCAGAGAAUGAAGCUGCACAGCACACUAGCAAUGCUGCUGAGUUGGGCCGCCUGAUGUUCAAAAACUCUUUGCAGCGGGUUGUUCACUUCACUGGAUCUGGGAGAUUUUCGGACUGUCCAUCUGGGCAGCAGCUGGUGGCGAUCCUAAAGUCCAUGCGGGAAGGCAAGGAGAUGUCGGACGAUCUGUGGGCGGCCCUUGAGGCCAGGGCCUAUGGCAAGAAGGAGUUGCAGGCGGAUGAGUUGCGGCAGCGUUUGCUCGAUGCUCACUGGGGAGGUCUUGCUUGGGAACAAGUAGCUCGUCUUCAACAUCUUCGCGUCGGCUUGGAAGGCAAAGAAUUGAAGAAAACUGUGUAUUUCGUUCAGGCCAUUGAUCGAGCUACGGGCCCAAAUGAGCUCACCCGGGAACAGAGCAUGGCAGCACUACAGAUCGUGAACAUGACCAAAACUCAUUAUCUGAUUGGUAUUUGUCCUCUGUAUGAAGGUAUGCCUUGUCGCAUCAGUUGUAUUUUGGAUGCUCCGCUGCUGAACCGAGAGUUGCCGGUUAUUGUUCGAUCCAUCAAGUUGCACCCAAGCGAGCCCGCAAUCGCCGACAACUGUGGCUGUGUUGUAUUGAGAUACCAGCCCGUUGCUGUGUUGGUGGAGAUAGACGAUCCCAAUUACAAGAAUAUUCAGGUGUCUGGUGACGUUGCCCCCAAGGGCCAUGUCUUGCUGCGAGCAGUUGCGUCGGACAAAGCCUGGAGCUUGCAAGUCGGACCGAAGCAGUCGGUGCCGGUGAUUCGCAAGCAAAUUCCACUGGCGCCACGUUGUGUUUUAACACAUUAUGGCUUGCAGGGCAUUACCGCGAGAAACGGGUUGGUGGCCUUCCUGACCAAACCUGCGUGGAUGAAGGAUGCCGACUAUGCGUUGGCGAUCUAUGUCAUGCUGUCGAGACCACGAAAGCUCGACGAUUUGUGGAUCAUUGAUUUACCACCGCGUCACAUGUUUCAACAUUUUCUCCAUGAUCACAAUCCUCUUUUGGUGCAAAGGAUGAAAGAGUUCGAGCAGCAGGCCAACCUCGACGAGAUGAAAGCAUUGUCCUACGUGGGCAAAUUGCAAUGGCAUCAAAAGGAAGCUAUUGCUCGACAACUCUCCACUGAGGAUUUGAUGAGCAUCGCAGGUUCCAAUAGUAGGAUGAACGUGUGA